GUUGUCCGGAGCGAAUAGCUAGCACAAUGGCCGAUGGGGAGAAGAAACCACCAGUGAAAGGCGAAGAUGGCGGAGAAGGCAGCGAACACAUCAAUCUCAAGGUCAAGGGGCAGGAUGGAAAUGUUGUUCAUUUCAAAAUUAAGAGGAAGACUCCCCUCAAGAAACUGAUGGAAGCCUAUUGCUCCAGGCAAAGUUUGCAAAUGGACCAAAUUCGAUUCCUCUUUGACGGGCAAAGAUUGCGUGAAAACCAAACACCGGAGGAACUUGACAUGGAAGAUGACGACGCAAUUGACGCCAUGCUUCAUCAAAUCGGUGGAACACUCUGAACUUGUCAUGUUGAACUGCAGGACAACAAGAUCAAGCAGUGUGUAAAACAUUUUUGAUGAUAGCUUGCGAAUUUUGCUCGUCUCCCAAAAACGAACUAUUUAAUCUGUGUUAUUUGGAAAAUUUGUCAAAAAGAUCUAC